AUGGCGAAGGGCGGCAUUGCCACGGUCCUCACCGUCCUGGCCGCGGCCACGCUGCCCCGGCUGGAGCACCCAGCCAAGAACGACGGGUCGCUGAGCCUGCUCGUCGUCAGGGACUGGGGCCGCAAGGGGGAGUGCAACCCGUUCCGCAUCGCCCAGCAGGACUGGUUUGGAUACAUGGUCGUUUCAGCAUUAGACAUGGCUUUUACUCUCUCCAGCUUAGGAUUGCCCCACUCUAGCUCCUACUAA